GGCAGCUGCUGUCAUUUUGAAAUACACACAGUCACCGAAGAAAAUUUAGAUUUUUGUUUGUGCCAGCCGCUUCAUUGAAAUUUAUUAAAAACGAAUAAGUAUGGAUUUCUCACAGGAUUAUGGUAUUCACGACAAUGCUGUCAGCACAGGUACGACCAUUAUGGCAGUUGAAUUCAAUGGGGGAGUGGUAAUUGGAGCAGACUCACGUACAAGUACUGGCCUAUUUGUGGCCAACCGCGUUACAGACAAAUUGACUCGCAUUACGGAUAAAAUUUAUUGUUGCCGUAGUGGAUCUGCUGCUGAUACGCAAGCUAUUGCCGAUAUUGUUGCAUACUCUUUGAAUUACCAUGAAAACCAGACAGGUGAAGAACCAUUGGUAGCUGAAGCCGCAUCAGAAUUCCGUAAUUAUUGUUACAACUAUCGCGACAGCUUGCUGGCGGGCAUCAUUGUUGCCGGUUGGGACAAACGUAAUGGUGGACAAGUGUACUCUAUACCAUUAGGUGGUAUGCUGAAGCGAGAAUCAGUCACAAUUGGAGGUUCGGGCUCAAGUUAUAUCUAUGGUUAUGUACGUGAGGCAUACCGCCCACAAAUGGAAAAGGAAGAUUGCGUCGCUUUUGUGGUAAAAGCAGUAAAACACGCUAUAUACCAUGAUGGCAGUUCAGGUGGUGUUGUGCGUAUCGGAAUUAUCACUGAAGAUGGUAUUGAACGAAGAGUGUUCUUUAAUACAGAAUCCGGAAAUCCCGUUGAAAUUGGCAACUAAUUGUGGCCAUUUUAUAACAAUAAUGAUUUGUAUGGUUUUUGAAUUAAUGCGAGAUAUUACAAAUAAAAAUUUCUAACAGUAA